UGAUGAUAUACAUAUCGUUGGCUUAAUAUAGAAAAGGCGUAUCUACAUUUUUUUCGAAAUCGCGUUUUUAAUGUAUUCUGGUAGACCACUGUCAAAUACUCCUCCCCUUAAAAAAUUAGUGGGCUAUGAUCGUAAAUAACGGAUUUAUAGUCAUAUAAAAAAAAGCCCUAACUCAUUCGAAGUUUUUAUUGAAAGAAAAAAGCCCUAAGUCAUUUAAAGUUGAAUUUAAAAUAGACAUACAAUCAAAGCCACAACAGAAAUUGCACUACAUUUUGUAUCUAUUCUUAUUCUUAUUGUUUUGCUUUUGUAUUUACUUUAAAAGAAAACGGGAUUUCCCCGAGUUUGUCUAGCAUAAGCAUAUUUUCUGUGCUACGUUCCGUUCGUCGGUACGUUUUUGUUUUUUGUGUCAGUUCAAUUAACGUUUUUGUGUUGGAAACAGUUUUUUGAUUGAAAGUUUUAAUAACAUGAAUUGUGCAAAAGAAAAUUCUGAUUCAGAUGGUGUUCCAAAAAGGAAAAAUACUGCUAACAAAUCCGAAUGGAAACAAAAUGUAAAUAAAAGAAAAAGAAUGGAAGGCGUGGAAUAUUUGGGUAUAUCAAAAAAAGAACUUUGUCAAAAACCUUCUAGGCAAUUAGGAGAGCCAUGUUCAUCACGAUUUUGUGUAAAAAGUGCGGUGAGAAAAUGUUCGACGUUUAAUGAGUCCCCCGAAAAGAAAUUUUUAGUUUGUUUUGGGAGAUGUCCUGGGAGCAAAAGAGGCAGUAUGUUGCAGGUCUUACAAGCUUUUAUGAAACAAAAAGGAAAACCUCUGAAAAUUCGAGACGGAAUCAGUCCAUAUCAUAUUUCUUGAGUCAUAAUUCAAAACGAUUACAAGUGUGCCGUGAAAUGUUUUAUUCAACCCUAGGAGUAAAGGAAAAGAUGGUUCGAAAUUGGAUUAGCAGCGCCGGUAAACACGGUACUCAAUGCAGUCCCGAUAAAGCUUUAAUUUUGCGCAAAAAUGCUAAGCGGUCAUUAGUUAUAGGUCAGCGCAACAAAAACCGACGUGACUUUCUAAAAAAAUGGCUAGAGGAGUUGCCAAAAAUGGAGUCACAUUAUUGUCGAAAAGAUAGCAAAAAGUUUUACUUCGAAUCGGAUUUUUCCUCAUAUCAGGAGAUUUACAAGCUUUAUGUCAACGAGUGUGAAUCCGAAAAAGAAAAUGGACGCCUAAAAUUGUCGUACCCAAUAUUUACGCAAUUAAUAAAGGAAUUAAAUUAUUCUAUUUUUAAGCCAAGAAAAGAUCAGUGCAAUUUAUGCGUAUCACAUAAAGUUAAUAAUGUUUCCGAUGAGCUAUACGAAAAACAUAGAGAAGAAAUCGGAAAAAUGCGUGCAGAAAAGCAAAACGAUAUCAAAAAUGCUGAAUCCGGACUAUGUGCAGUAUUCUGUAUGGAUGUGCAGGCAGUCAAAUUAGUGCCUCAACUAAACGCGAGUGCUGCAUAUUAUAAAAUGAAGCUUCAACUACAUAACUUUACUGUCUAUAAUAUUGUAACGCAUGAAUCAGAUAAUUAUGUGUGGGACGAAACAGAUGGAAAUUUAGUCUCUUCCGUUUUUGCUACAUGUAUUAUUAAGCACUUAAAGAAUUUCCAUGCUCGAUCGCCUGAAACCCAUCACAUUAUUAUUUACUCGGAUGGUUGCUUUCACCAAAAUCGUAAUACUGUUUUGUCUAACGCCUUGUUGAAUUUUUCAAAGGAAAGCGAAAUAACAAUUGAACAGAAGUUUUUAAUAAGUGGUCAUACGCAAAUGGAAUGUGAUGCAUGGCAUUCCCUUAUAGAGAGAAAAAUAAAUAAAAAACAAAUAAACUUGCCGUCUCAAUUUGUUCAACUCAUUAAGGAAUCUAGAAAAGUUCCAGCACCUCUACAAGCGCACCAUUUGCGUUAUGAUUAUUUUUUAAAUUUCGAAAAUAUUUCAAAGAUAUACACAUCAAUACGACCAGGCAGGGGCAUUGGAGAUCAUACAGUAAGCAUGCUUCGAGCCUUGGCGUAUGACUCGUCAGGAUCAAUUUAUUUUAAAACAAAUGUAACGGAUGAAUAUCAGUUACUCCCACAGAGAUCGAGGUUUCCGAUUGAAAAUGUGUCCCCCGAUUGUCUUUAUAAAGAGAAAAUAGCCAUAUCUAAAAAAAAGUGGGACCAUUUGCAAGAUCUAAAAAAAUUUCUUCCAGCAGAUUGCCACAGUUUUUAUGAUAAUUUACCUUAUAAAACCUAAUUUGUUUACAGUAUAAA